CUAUCCAAUCACAAUCCUCUUGUGAGCAAUUCCCGCUAGCCAAUCCUGGCAGAGGAGGCGGGACUUGAGGCAUUACGGCUGUAAAAGAUUCCACCCUCUAAAGUUUACUGCUGUAAUCUAACAGUAUUCAUCGAGGCAGGCGCCUCAGUUCGCCUUGAUCCGCGUCUCUCACUCCGCUGAGGCCAUGAAGAGAAGGCUUCAGAAAAAAUACAUCAUCUUAAUUCUAGGAUACUCCGUGGCGCUUCUUUUAAUUCCCUACGUACUAGAUUACCGGAGCAAAUCGUCCCACAUUAAAGAUGGAUAUCAGCAACAAAAGUGUCCCGAUCUGGAGAGCACCAUCGCCCUGUGGAGUAGCACCAGGACUGGCAACUCAACGGAGGUGGAGGACUCCGGCAACAGGAGUCAGUCCAGAACGCACAUAUACCUCCACGCAACCUGGAGGACAGGCUCUUCUUUUUUAGGGGAAUUAUUUAAUCAGCAUCCUGAUGUGUUUUAUUUAUACGAGCCCAUGUGGAAUAUGUGGCAGGCGCUUUAUCCCGGGGAUGCGGGCAGUUUACAAGGUGCAGUGAGAGACAUGAUGAACUCUCUGUUUAGAUGUGAUUUCUCAGUGUUAAAACUCUACGCAGGCUCGUCCAACGUAACCACCUCUUUUAUUUUCGGAUGGAAAACCAACAAGGUCAUUUGCUCCGAGCCUCUCUGCAAAGCGUAUAAAAAACACGAAAUUGGUUUAGUUCAAGGAGACGUGUGUAGCAAAUGCCACCCCAGAGACCUCAAAGAGCUGGAGAAAGAGUGCAAAAAGUACCCUGUGAUGGUCAUCAAAGACGUGCGGGUUUUAGAUUUGGCGGUUCUGGUUCCCCUCAUGCGAGACCCCGCCAUCAACCUCCAGAUAGUCCAGUUGUUUCGCGACCCCCGAGCCGUGCAUAAUUCUCGGCUGAAGUCUAAACUGGCUCUGGUGAAGGAGAGCAUACAGGUGCUGAGGAGCAAGAAGCAGAGCGACAAAUACAAGCGCCUUCUGGUGCCUAGCAACAGGGUCCAUAGAGCAGAGAACUACGUCUCGAGCGCGAUGGAGUUAAUAUGCGAUAACUGGCUCAACGACAUGUUGCUCGUUAUGAACGCUCCUCCGUGGGUGAAGCGAAACUACAUGCAGCUGAGAUACGAAGACCUGGUCCUCAGACCCGUUGGCGAGCUCCAGAGGCUCUAUCGGUUCUCCAACCUCACCCUUUCUCCGGCCAUGGAGAAGUUUGUGGUGAACAUGACCCACGGACACGGCUAUUCCUCGGAUAAACCUUUCCUCAUAUCAUCCAGAGAUGCCAAAGAGGCUAUUUACGCCUGGAGGGAAAGGCUGAACGUGGAGCAGGUGAACCAGGUUGAAGCCUACUGCAGCGAGGUCAUGAGACAGCUGGGUUAUCAGAAGAGGAACCUGGACAAGACCUAAAACCACCAAAACAUGAGUUUAUGAAGCCUGAUGUGCUGGAGGAACAGGAGGACAGAGGGGGAACAGCCUGCUAUGAAGCUACACCAGAAGGUACGACACCGAUGCAGCUGAGGGGCAGCACCCCGAGAUCUCCCUCACAGUGCCGUCACGGGGUGCAGAGUAGACGACAGAAGAGAAACACUCACAAACCCAUCGACCUCAAGUGAUACUGACAAGACUCCUGUAAAAAAAAGACUAACAAUAACAAGAGUGGAAACACGUUCCAGAUUUCAUCCGCAAUAAUCCCUGCCCAAUCCCCAGCAGCCCAUAAUCAGACAUACAAGACCGAGUCUUUACAUGCUGGAGACAGACAGACAUCCCACUGAGUGUUCAGUUCGCUGGGAGGAUUUCAUAAUGAAGUAUUCCUGUAUUCAUCAACAAUGUAUGAAAAGAGGAUUAUGCAUCAAGGACACUCCAGUUUCUGUGGUACUGCCCAAAAAAAACACAAAUGCAGAGCUUCUGUGAAGCAUAAAGUGCAAUUCAGUGAACUAAAGAUCUAGAGUAAAAGGUGGAGAAAGAAUCCUGAUUUCUCUCCCCAAGUCUGAACACUCCCACUGGUGUGAGAUUUCCCAGUUUCCCCUGGACAUCACCAGUUUGUUCUUUUCGUACGAAGUCUGCACUGGGCUGUUAAACUGUGCAAAAUGUUGUGGUCAUUUGUGUAUGAAGAGGAUAGGAUUGCAAUUUGAAUAGUUAAAUAGGCAGAACGCCUCAUCUAAAACUAAAACACACAAUCAUGAGGACACAGGUGUUUUUGCGCUUUUACAACAUUGACACUAUUAUCAUUAUGUUAACGUUGUUUUGUCAUUUUAAACAACAUUUACUCGAAAGUUACCAUCAGAAUUACCAUCAGAAUUAAUUAAUAAAUGAACAAAUCUGUUAUUUAUAAAUAAAGCUUGUAUACUUUUUGUUGUAAACACUAGUUUUCUCGUUUUAUUAUUCUUAUUAUUUAAUGACAUAUAAAAUAAAUCAAAUACCUUACUUGGGUAUUGCUACUGUAGCCCACUGAUACAUUGGCUUUUUUUUUUUGUAAACGUACAAUUGAUAAACUACAAUCCAUACCACAGUUUUUUUCCCACAUUAUUUAACAGGCUGAGUGAAUCUUAAUAGGGAUUCAAAUGGGAAAACUGAGUGUUUUGGUGUUUCAUACAUCACAGACAAAAAAACAGCAGCUUGAUUAUGGAUUUUUGUUGUUUGUUUAUAUACUGACAUGCAGAACAGCAAGUAAAAGAUGAAUGCUACAGGAGGGAGAUACAUAUCCUGAAGGUACACACAAGUCCACCAUAGUAUGUUCAGAAAAAAAAAAGCUAUCAGACAGGUUGAAAGAGUCAUUCAGAGGAGGAGUGACUUCUUAGCCGGAUUACAUGUGAAUUCAGUCUUUUGCUACAGCCAGUUUAAGGUUCUGCACCUCAAACCGCGAUUGCCAUGAAGCCCGCAAGGCUCAUGUGCUAGCCGAAACUCCACAUAAAUAGUGCAAAUCUCCUUGAUUCACAUUUAUGUUCUGAUCAGAUGUUGAACUAGUUUACGCUGAAGUGAUGCAUUUCCUCGCACACCUCAAGCAAACAGACAGGCGCAAGUGCAGACCGUUGUAAAGGUUACUGAAUGGAAAGAGUGCAAAGUUAGUUUAUUGUGUCGAGUAUAAAUCGGAAUGAAUGAUGACUUAUUUCCAACAUCUGUAAGUUAGUUAUUUACUAAACUCUCGGACUUUAGACUUGCAUUCAUUAACAUGAUUCAUUUCUAGACAUGGAGGAUGGAAGGAAUGCGCAUUGGCGGUUACUGGCACAAGGCCACCCGGUUACUGUAUGAACACACAAACAGCCGGGUCAACACACCAGAUUCCUGAUUUCAGAAUCGCCGACUGCUAUAUAGCAGCAACUCGUACACGUGGAAAAAUCCACCUUCAAGAACAUUCUAAUUUGAGGAGGCGCAAAAGGAAUGUUUGAUGCAGAUCUGAAGACUCCUUGAUAAUUACACCGUUCUGCAUCUCAAAUUCUGGCUGCGAGUGUGCAAGUGGUUAAUAUGCUAAUAUAAUAAAGCAAAACAUGCAAGGACUGCAGCUCAGCUGCAGCUAAAGUGCACGGCUCAUACACUCUGGUUGCAUCCAGCUGUUCAAAAAAAAAAAAAAAAAAGUCUCACGGCUGUGCAGAUCAACAU